GUUAGUAGUUUUGAACGUCAUCCGCUCACCCGGGGAAGAGGAGGGUUAGGAACUGGACACUCAACUAAUAACAGAUUCUCUGUCUGUCCCUCGUUGCAUUUUGUUUCGUUCAUGUAUGUGCGUGUGAUCGUGUGUUUGAGUUGUAUGCAAGAACAAAAGAGCAGCAAAGAAACUCAGCCACAUCCUCUCGGCAUAAGGAAGAAGAGGUCCAUUUAAAGCACUGCCGCACAGAUGGAGCACAUAUGUGGGUCCAAACUUCCAUUCUGGGAGCCCAAUCUCACCCUGUACACAGACCUGCCCGACCUCCCAGAAUGCUUUCAGCUGUCAGUAUUGCCCUGGGCUCCCUGUAUCUACCUGUGGGUGACUUCCCCUUUCUAUAUCCUCUACCUCAAGAAGAUCAACAGAGGCUACAUCACGAUGUCUAUAUUAAACAGAAUCAAAACGGUUCUGGGUUUGAUAUUGUGGAUAGUUUGCUGGACAGAUCUUUUUUCUGCAUUUCAUGAGAUGAACCAGGGUCACUCUAAUCCCCCAGUAUAUUUUGUAACUCCAUUAAUAGUUGGCAUGACAAUGUUGUUAGCCACCUUCCUGAUCCAGUUUGAGAGGCUGAGAGGAGUGCAGUCAUCUGGUGUGCUCUUCAUAUUUUGGACAAUCUCAGUGCUGUGUGCCAUUGUGCCUUUUCGCUCCAAAAUCAUGCAUGCCAAUCAAGAGAAUGGGGUCAAAGACAAGCUGAGGUUUACAACGUUCUACAUUUAUUUUGGACUCACCCUGCUUGAACUCAUCCUGUCAUGCUUCAAUGAAAAGCCGCCUCUUUUCUCCAGUGUUGUUACAGAUCCUAAUGCAUGUCCAGAAACAACUGCUGGAUUCCUCUCAAAAAUGACCUUUUGGUGGUUUACAACCUUGGCUAUCAAAGGCUACAAAUCCCCACUAGAGAAUAAAGACCUGUGGUCCCUUAACAAGCAUGACAGUUCAGCGAUGGUGGUCCCCAGUCUGCUCAAUGAAUGGGAUGUGGAAAAAUCCAAAGCACAGAGCGAACAGAGCAUGAAGGAGCAGGCUACGUUUAUAAAAGCAGGCACAGGUGCUGAGACCAACCAUUUGGGCAGCAGUCCUGAGGAGGUGGAAGUUCUAAUGUCCAAACAAAAAGAGUCCCAGAAGCCCUCCUUACUGUGGGCCCUGAUUAGAGCCUUUGGCCCCUACUUCCUCAUCGGCUCCGCUUUCAAACUGCUGCAGGAUCUCAUUACCUUCGUAAAUCCUCAGCUGCUCAGGAUGUUGAUUAGCUUCACCAAUCAGCCGGGUGUUCCAUCAUGGUGGGGGUACGCACUGGCCUUCCUGAUGUUUGGCAGUUCCCUCCUGCAGACCCUCAUUUUGCAUCAGCACUUUCAGUACUGCUUUGUCACAGGCAUGAGACUGCGCACUGGAAUCGUAGGGGCCAUCUACAGGAAGUCACUAGUUAUCACAAAUGAGGCCAAACGCUCCUCUACGGUGGGAGAAGUGGUCAAUCUGAUGUCUGUGGAUGCUCAGUCCUUUAUGGAUCUCACCACCUUCCUGAACAUGCUGUGGUCUGCUCCACUACAGAUCUUUCUAGCUCUCUUCUUCCUCUGGCAGAAUCUGGGUCCAUCGGUGCUGGCUGGUGUAGCUGUGAUGGUUCUGCUGAUUCCAUUUAAUGCUUUCAUUGCCAUGAAGACCAGAACAUUCCAGGUGGAGCAAAUGAAACAUAAAGAUGACCGCAUCAAGCUGAUGAAUGAGAUUCUCAAUGGCAUAAAGGUGUUGAAGCUCUAUGCCUGGGAGAUAUCGUUCAAAGAGAAGAUCCUUCAGAUUCGCCAGAAAGAACUCAACGUGCUGCGCAAGGCUGCUCACCUCAGCGCGCUCUCCACCAUGGCCUGGAUCAGUGCUCCAUUCCUGGUAGCCUUGACAACAUUUGCUGUAUUUGUGAAUGUGGAUAAAGAGAACGUCUUGGAUGCAGAGAAGGCAUUCGUGUCUUUGUCUUUGUUCAACAUUUUAAGAUUCCCCCUGAAUAUGCUCCCACAAGUCAUAAGCAGCAUUGUACAAGCCAGCGUGUCUCUGAAGCGCAUCCAGAAUUUCCUGGGUCACGAUGAACUGGAUCCAGACAGUGUCGACAGAAGAAACAAUGCUUCAGAACAUGCAGUGACAGUAGUGAAUGGGAAAUUCGCAUGGGCCAAGCAAGACCAAGCCACUCUUGAGAACAUUAAUGUGAUGGUGCCCCAGGGAACUUUGCUGGCAGUGGUGGGACAUGUUGGCUGUGGGAAGACCUCUCUUGUGUCAGCACUGCUUGGAGAAAUGGAGAAGCUUGAGGGGCAGAUCUCCAUACGGGGCUCUGUGGCUUAUGUACCACAGCAAGCUUGGAUCCAAAAUGCCACUUUAAGAGAUAACAUCCUUUUUGGCAAACCCUAUGUGGAGCAGAAGUACCGCUGUGUGCUGGAGGCCUGUGCCCUCACCCCUGACCUGGAAAUGCUUCCUGGUGGUGACCAAACAGAGAUAGGGGAGAAGGGAAUUAAUCUAUCUGGUGGCCAGAGACAAAGAGUGAGUCUAGCCAGAGCAAUUUACAGUGAAACAGAUGUCUACCUCCUGGAUGACCCUCUGUCUGCUGUGGACGCUCAUGUUGCCAAACAUAUUUUUGACAAGGUUGUUGGGCCUGAUGGAGUCCUCAAGGGCAAGACACGGAUAUUGGUGACCCACGGGAUCAGCUUCCUGCCUCAGGUGGAUAACAUUCUUGUGCUGGUGGAUGGUAGGGUGUCGGAGAUGGGCUCCUACCAGGACCUGCUCAAACAAAAUGGGGCUUUUGCUGAGUUCCUCAGGAACUACUCUCUUGAGGAUAUCAUCGAAGAUGAUGAAGUCACCGUUACCCUGGUUGAUGACGAAGAAGAGGAUUUUCCUGAAGAUGCACUUAGUAACCACACUGAUAUGGUGGAUAAUGAACCUGUUGUCAAUGAGGCCCGCAGAAAAUUCAUGAGACAGAUCAGCAUCAUGUCAAAUGACCUGGAGAACCCAAAGAGCAAGUCCAUCCGUCACCGCCGCUGCAGCACUAAGAAACUUGCAGAUCCUCUGACAGAGAAGGAUAAAAAGGUGGAGAAGCUCAUCCAAGUAGAAACAGCUGAGACCGGGCAGGUGAAGUUUAAGGUGUACUGGGAGUAUGCAAAAGCGGUUGGGCCCUUUUUGUCCCUUUUCAUCUGCUUCCUGUAUGGCUGUCAGAGCGCAGCCUCCAUCGGAGCCAAUUUCUGGCUCAGUGAAUGGACUAAUGAUGCACAACACAACAGGACACAAGAGAAUGUUCAAAUGAGGGUCGGGGUGUACGCAGCACUGGGCAUUUCGCAAGGCUUCCUGGUUAUGUUCUCUUCCUUUACUCUGGCCUUGGGGAAAAUCCGGGCAGCACGCAAGCUGCACGAGACCCUGCUGGACAACAAAUUUCACACGCCCCAGUCUUUCUUUGAUACCACCCCUAUAGGCCGGAUCAUCAAUCGCUUCUCCAAGGAUAUUUAUGUGAUAGAUGAGGUUCUUUCAUCCACAAUCCUCAUGUUCCUGGGAACCUUCUUUGCCUCUUUGUCCACCAUGAUUGUUAUAAUUUGCAGUACACCCAUUUUCGCCGUGGUCAUUGGCCCCCUGGCUUUGAUUUACAUCUUUGUGCAGAGAUUUUAUGUUGCCACGUCUCGUCAGCUUAAGAGACUGGAAUCUGUCAGUAGGUCUCCAAUAUAUUCUCAUUUUUCUGAGACCAUCACAGGCACUAGUGUGAUCCGCGCCUAUGGGCGAAACAGUGCCUUUGUACUCAUGAGUGAUAUGAAAGUGGAUGAAAACCAAAAGAGUUACUACCCUGGUAUUGUUUCUAACAGGUGGUUGGGGGUUCGCAUUGAGUUCAUUGGGAAUUGCAUUGUGCUGUUUGCUGCUCUGUUUGCUGUCAUUGGGAAAGAGAAGCUCAACCCUGGCUUGGUUGGGCUGUCUGUGUCAUAUGCUCUGCAGGUCACGAUGUCCCUAAACUGGAUGGUGAGGAUGACCUCUGACCUUGAGAGCAACAUAGUAGCAGUGGAGAGAGUGAAGGAGUACUCGGAGACACCAACUGAGGCUCCAUGGAUAGUGAAGGACAAGCAGCCACCCCCAGACUGGCCUCCAGAGGGAAAUGUAGAGUUUAUGGACUACAGUGUGAGGUAUCGAGAGGGACUCGACAUGGUGCUGAGGAACCUCUCGCUAAAGGUCAAAGGAGGAGAGAAGAUUGGUAUCGUGGGAAGGACAGGGGCCGGCAAGUCCUCUAUGACACUGUGCCUGUUCCGUCUGUUAGAGGCGGCAGAGGGAGAAAUCAUAAUCGAUGAGGUGAAGAUCUCUGAGAUUGGCCUUCAUGACCUCAGAUCCAAACUCACCAUUAUCCCUCAGGAACCGGUUCUGUUCUCUGGAACUUUACGGAUGAACCUCGAUCCUUUUGAUAAAUACACAGAUGAUGAAGUGUGGAAAGCUCUGGAGCUCUCUCAUUUAAAGAAGUUUGUUAGCAACCAGGCUUUCAAACUCAAUCUGGAAUGCUCAGAAGGAGGGGAAAACCUAAGUGUGGGUCAGAGACAGCUAGUGUGUCUGGCACGAGCUUUGCUGAGGAAGACCAGAAUCCUCGUCCUUGAUGAAGCCACAGCCGCUGUCGACCUGGAGACAGAUGAUCUGAUCCAGUCUACAAUCCGCACACAGUUUGAAGUCUGCACAGUUUUCACUAUAGCUCACAGACUCAACACCAUCAUGGACUAUACCAGAGUUCUUGUUUUGGACAAGGGACAGGUAGCUGAAUUUGAUACUCCGACAAACCUUAUUGCACAGAAAGGAAUAUUUUUUGGAAUGGCAAAGGACGCGGGGUUGGUGUGAACCUGCUAUGCUGUCAAAUAGCCAAGAGUGCCUUCACACAGUAUCACAGAAAGCCAGUGAAUGUCAUUUUUAUUUUUUUUUACUCAACAAGCUACGUUCAAGAUCUGUUUUUAUUUUUACGUUGUUUUUAUUCUUCUAUACAAUACAGUGCUACUGUUCAAUGACUAAGUUUCAUGAUGAAGCAGUCUAUUUUUGUACUGUUAUUUAAGUCACUUUUUAAAGUUAUUCAAUAGGGAAGAUUACUGCUCAAUUAAAUGUGUGAUUCCUUUUUGUACACCAAAUCUUUAAAAACUUGAAUUAUGUUACCAGAAUUGGAGUAUCAUUUCAUAUAUUAAAGGUAAUGUUGUUUCUGUUUUUUGUGUAUUUUGUAAGUUUUCUGUUUUUAUGGGAAGUUUCCAAAUGCUGUUUCGGUUCUUUUACAAUUUUUGACCAAAUUAACUCCAUAAACAAUUUCAUUGAUGAAAGGCUCUUGAUUUAAGACAACUGAACAUUUAUCUCAUUUCAGGGUGCCUCUUCAUAAUAUGCACUUUAAGUUUGUGUGAAAUGUUUGCACCUCAAUUUAAAAAUAUAUAGUGCUUCCCUCACUAAUUGGCCCAAAUGGCUUCAUACAUGUAGUAUUUGUUGGAUGGCCAUUAAAAUUAGAGCUUUUUAUAAUGGAAACCAUGAUGAGGAAAUGUGAGAUUGAUGAAGAAAAAUGUAUAUCUAUUGUAAGUGUAAGGCAGUGGCAAUAUUACAUUGAUUAUCAUACAGUUAUAUGGUUUUGUAAAAUCAAAGUUAAAAGAGUAACUGACCCAAAGCCGCUGGUAAAGUUAAAAUGAUAAAUCCAAUCUUGUCUGUAGAUACAGAGUUGACUGUUACUAUUCACCACUAGAGGACGUACAAAAGUGACAUGUACAGCAGUAUGUGGCAUAUUCUGCCCUUCUUUUUCCUACAUCAAAUGUCCAAAGAAGCUAAGAUAUGAACCAAUUCUUUUCAUAAAUAUCAUGGGUUUAAAAAAUAGUACACAUCUAAUGUGAAACUUUAAUAUCUGUAAAUCCUAAAGGAAUUGUGGUAUGUGAACAUAUGAAAAUCUGCUGCAAUACAUACAGUACAACAUAAAGCAGGUCAAAGGGUGUCAUUCCUAUCAUACUGGACACAGCUGCUGUCUGUGCUCCUCUGAGCUCUCAGCAAUAAUCAUCACAAACACCUUGAGAAACAUAUCUUUUCUAAUGGACACAAUGUAAAGGACAUGGUGAAACAAACUGUUUGAAUUUGAAAAGAUCUUACAGUUCAUGUCACCACAACUUAUUCUUUUCGCAUUCUAAAAUAAAUAAAUUCCUAUUUAAGUAAUAAGACAGAUUUUGUUUAUUUAAGUAAAGGGCUUAAACCCUGGUCAAUGGGGAGGAUCUCAGCUUUUUAAUGACAAAUAAUUGAUUAAGCUUCUAGUCCACUCAGAGGCCGAGGUAUUUGAUGAAACAAUGGGAGUGGUGCAUGAACUGAAAACUAGACUGAAUGUCUAUGGACAGGCACAUCUGUGAGGGCUAAAAUGCAUUAGAGCGCCACCUACAUUUCAGAUUCGCAUUUUGUGAUGGAAGGUGAUGGAAUACAUUUUUCUAGUUGUUGCUGCCAUCUAGUGGAAUUAAAUAAGACUUUUUUAGGGAACUGGAGUGAACAGAACAAGAAUUACAUGCUUACAAAGUUAGAACAACAACAAAACAUUUACAUUUACAUUUAUGCAUUUGGCAGACGCUUUUAUCCAAAGCGACUUACAGUGCAAUUAUUACAGCGACAAUCCCCCCAGAGCAACCUGGAGUUAAGUGCCUUGCUCAAGGACACAAUGGUGGUGGCCGUGGGGUUAGAACCUGUGACCUUCUGAUUAACAGCCCUGUGCUUAAGCCACUACACCACCACCACUCAAAACAUAAUAAGAUAAAUAAUUGGCAAUUAGUUCACAGUAUGUCUAAAUGUUGAGCUUUUAAAUUUGAGUGUGAAAAUUGCAGGUGGUAUCCCAAAUAUGCCCCAGAGUUGAAGAAUGAAUAGGUUGACUCACGGUUCACAAAACCAGUCUGAGAGUUCAGAAUGGGAAAAGGCCCUCUAAAAGGGAAGAUAAUCAUUGAAUAACGACUUAAAUAUUGGUCUGUUCCUCAAACAAAGCUAUCAUAUGGCGUCAGAAGACAGAUAUUAUGCACAAAUUGUAUGGAUGCUCUUAAUCAUUUUAAGGUGCUUUAUGGUGGUGCACCGAUCAGGAAAUUUGAGGCUGAAACGAUCUCUGAUUUUUUUAACACUAAUAUCGGCUGAUACCAAUACCAAUUUUUUCUUAAAGUUCCCUUUGCCACACUUUUGCAAGUUAUAUGCUGCAGUUAUUUGUUUAUGCCCCACACAGCAAAAUUACGGUGACACUUUACAAAAAGUUUCCAUUUGUUAACAUUGUUUAACAACAUUAGUUAACGUGAACUAAUGAAUUUAAUGUUAGUUACAACAUAUACUAAUACAUUUUUUAAAUCAAAAGUUGUAUUAGUUAAUGCACAUUAACACACUAUGAACUAACAAUGAACAAUUGUAUUUUUAUUAACUAACAUGAUUAAUAAAUGCUGUAAAACAUAUAUUGUUCAUUGUUUGUUUAUGAUACCUAAUGCAUAAACUAAUGUCAAAGAAAUGAAACCUUUUUAUUAAGUGUUACCAAAAUUAUAUUCAUUGUGAUUUGCUAACAUUUAUUUGUAUUGAAAACAGUUAUUAAUAGUUCUGAUGCCAGUAUCAAAAGGCCAUUGUGACAUACUGACAACCAAUAACCAUGAGAGCAUCACACACAGCAGAGAUACUUUCUAAUAUAAGAAACAUAUAUCCAUUACAAGCUCUAAAACUGCUCCAGUGAGAAAUCAUUCAUAUCUGAUUUGUUUACUGUCUUUGGCAUCUAAUUAUGAUGAUUACAGCACCACGUAAUUAUUUAGCAAAUGUGUGAAGACGUGGUGCUGUAAUUGAAGGUUAAACAGCUGGCUACACCGCUACUCUAAUGAAUUCACGCUUGCUCAGCCCUUGAAGCAUGACAGAGUGGCCUUUGGAGGGUGAGUUGUUGGCAAUUCUAAGCAUUCACGGAUUUCUGACAUGAUAUAAUUCACAUGAAUAUGCCAUUUUGUUUUUAAAAAUGUGUAAGAAUUUCACGUGUUAUGUUGCCCAUUUUCUAGAGUCAUUACGAUAGUAAUCCUGACUCACUGCACAUUUCACGAUUUAAUCGGUGGCCGAUCGAUCGGUGCACCCCUAGUGCUCUAUCAUCCUUUAUGAAGCUUAAAUGCUCCAGUGCCCAUUACCAACAAAUUCUACAAAAUAUAUCCUUUUUGUGUUCCAUGCAAGAAAGUAAGUCAUUAGGAACAGGCUUUGUAACAACAUGAGGUUAAGAAUUUAAAUUUUUGAGUGAACUAUUUCUUUGAUGAAAUUACCCAAUUGAAUGACACAAGCCCACAAAAAUCCCUACAAGCACUCCACAGCUACUUUGGGCUUGCUGAGCAAGCUUAAUCACGAAAUGUCUCCUGGAGGAAGAUAAAGAUCCCAGAAAUGUUUAAACAUCCUCUGUCAUGUGGUUCAUGCAAUUGACAAACAUUGGCAGGGCCACAAAGAUCUUAAUAGGAGGGCUGUUUAUGCCUAACAAGACACCUCAUGUUCUGAGGUUGACUUUUGAGGGCUUGGGGCUAAAGCUGGCCUUUUCAUGCCAUUUUCUUUAUUAGGAUCAGUGAUGUUACUUUAUUUAAAGACUGCUGUCUCACCCCCGCUGCUGUUUUGACAGAUGAUGGACUGGUGAAUAAGGUCUAAAGUGCCAGAGUACGAAGCAAUAUCACGCCCUCUGGCUGAGCCACAUGAAAUAUGGAUGGGUUUGGCCCUUCCUCUUUACCUGCCGGAUCACUUCAUGCUUUAGGCGGAAGGAUUAGAGCAGAGGCGGGUAUGUUUCGAUGAAGUGGUGACAAAGCAUGAUUUCUCGGAUAUAAAACAAAGCACUCGUUUGUUUUUGAAGCAGUUUUGAAGGGCUGUCAGUGCAUUUCCAAAUUUAGAUGUGAUGUGUGACAUUGACAGCCCACGGUAUGUGUAUUUAAGCUUUAAUUAUUUCUGGCGUUUAAGUUGUUUUUGUACAGACAACAGCUAGGUUACGUGUACCCCAUGUUCCAAGAUGAACAUGAAUCUGCAGACAUUUAGCCAUGUACGUGUGCUCAGACGGAUCUCACUGUGAAUUUGGUGACUACUUAUCUUCCGCUGAAAUCGGUCUGUGCAGAUGAAAUUCAAACUACUGCCCCCAGUGGCCAAAGCUGGAUGUGUUGUUGAACAUGUGGGCAUGUAUUUAAAGGUACUUAACUACAUCCCAACCCCCUUAAACAAAAGGCUUUUUAUAAAAUGUGUACAUUUAUUUCUACACUUGCCUUCAUAUUUAAAGGUGCACUCAGUAACUUUUGCAUUUGUGUGAUCUUGAACCUACAGUUACACCUAGCGUCUUGGAUGCAGCAUAAUUUAAAAUCAAUCGUUUUUAGUUCCCCAUCUUUGACGUUGUGUCGAAGAAGCGACACUUGGGGUCUCUCUUG